GCGCAGUGCGGUACUUUUGCAAUUGAUUUAACCAAGACAUGGCUCCAGAUUCAAGGCCAGAAGAAUGAUGCAAACUUUAAAGAAAUCAGGUAUCGAGGAAUGUUGCAUGCGUUUGUGAGGAUAGGCAGAGAGGAAGGCCUGAAAGCACUGUAUUAAGGGAUUGCUCCUGCGAUGUUGCGCCAGGCUUCCUAUGGCACCAUCAAGAUAGGCGCCUACCAGAGCUUGAAGCGGUUAUUUGUCGAGCGCCUGGAAGGUGAAACCCUUCUGAUAAAUGUGGUCUGUGGAAUUCUCUCUGGAGUCAUAUCCUCAACCAUUGAUAAUCCAACUGAUGUUUUGAAAAUGCGGAUGCAAGCACAAAAUAGCACCCUUCAAGGAGGAAUGAUAGGCAACUUCAUUCACAUUUACCAGCAAGAGGGAACAAGAGGACUUUGGAAGGGCUUGUCCCUUACUGCUGAGAGGGCCGCUAUUGUUGUUGGUGUGGAGUUGCCGGUCUACGACCUCAUCAAGAAGCAUCUGAUUCUCUCGGGCUUGAUGGGAGACACUGUGUAUACCCAUUUCCUCUCAAGCUUCACCUGUGGGCUGGCGGGGGCCCUGGCCUCAAACCCUGUUGAUAUGGUGAGAACACGUAUGAUGAAUCAGAGAGUCCUUCGAGAUGGCGGGUGCCCUGGCUACACAGGUUCCCUGGAUUGUUUGUUACAGACGUGGAAGAAUGAAGGGUUUUUUGCUCUAUAUAAAGGGUUUUGGCCAAAUUGGUCAAGACUUGGUCCCUGGAAUAUUAUUUUCUUGGUCACAUAUGAGCAGUUGAAGAAAUUGGAUUUGUGACAAGUCAAGACUGCAUGAGACAUCCCGCUGAAAAUGCUCACAUCUGAAAUAGCGAAGCUUCCUGUCUUUCCUACUGCUUCUCACUGCUUCGCCCACCACAGAUUCUGAGGUGUGAGCAACAGGUGAAGACUGGGUUAGCUCGGACUGCUGUGUCCUGGCAUCAGACACUCUGCACCAAAUGUUUAAUGGCAUAGACUGUAACAUCCAAACACUAGUCCUUACCAUUCAAGUGCCCUUCGACAUCAAAGAUAACAUGAAAUGCAUGUUUCUUGCUAAAGAAAACUUGCAUGAAGUUCAGGAACUGUGGACUGAUUCCCUCAGGGGAGAAUAACUCCUGAUGCAUCUCAGCUCAUAGCUGAGACUCCCAGACUAUUUGAAAGAAGCUCUUCAGAACCAUGGAAUGAAUAGAGCCUCCAAGAGGGUGUUAUUGUUCCUGAACUUCUGGGGGGGCUUUGGCUUCAUGUCUGCCAAAGAAAUUCACAAAUGGAGACCUGGUAUACCCCAGGUAUAAACAGUGCAGGAUAUAGAUCCCUGGAAUAUUGCACUGCUUUCUAAUUUCCAAUUUUGGCAGGAUCUUUCACUUAUAAUAAGUGAUUUUUAAGCCUUUGACCACUCGACCUUUGCGAGGAAUUGUUACAAAAAAGCAUUAAUAUCUAAACUCAGGAUGGUGUGAUAGGUUGGCUUGGAAGGUGGCAAAGUCUGUGCUGGUGGGAGGUGUUUUUAAGCUACUUGGGUUCUGUCUUAAGUAAUGUUUGUAAUUUGCUCUGUGAUUUUAGCAAAGUUUCUAUUUCCCAAUCUGUAAACUGGGGAUAAUAACAUCUAUUGAUAUUGAGGGUCAGGUGAAGAAGACAGUAGCUGCUACUACUUG